UUCGUGGUCCACCAAUAACUUCCCGCUCAAAAACCCCAAAUACCCCAACUCCUACCACAAUCCCCGCUCCUCCCAGAUCCCAUGGAAGCGCUACCCACCUGCUCCAGAAUCUUCUAGAACGUCUUCCUUCCUCCGUCGCCAUGAACCGCUGCGAGCUCACCGACCCCCCCUUCCGCGACGUCUCCAACCUCGGCACCCCAAAACCUAACCCCAACUCUCCCUCCCCGCUCUUCUUCACCGCCUCCAAAACACCACUCCCUGUCCCCACCCCGACACCCCUGGUCCGCAGGAGGCCCCUCGCCGGCGCUGCGCCCCCGACGCCCAUCGGCCGCAGGAAGGCCCUCGCCGGCGCGGCGACCCCGACGCCCAUCGGCCUCAGGAAGGCCCUCGCCGGCGCGGCGACCCCGACGCCCCUCGCCCGCCGCCUCCGCGCCCUCGAACUCGACCAGUCGCGCUCCGCCCGCCGCGCCGAGUCCGGCCGCGAGCGCGCACUCCGCGCCUUCGCCGCCUCCGCCUCGUCAUGGCUCUCCCUCCUACUCCGCGACCCCUCCGCCUGCGGCUGCUCCCCCGCUGCAACCGCCACGGCCACACACGUCUCUGCUGCCGGCAAGCGCGACAGGCUCGACGGGGAGCGCGCGCGGGGCAGCAGCCCGAAGCGGCACCUCGGCAGGGACCGCUACGGGGAGAAGAGGAAGGCGAUGACACCUGCCAUGGUGGCCGUGUUAAGGGAGUCCCUGAGGGAGGUGUGCAGCUUGGAGGAUGUGAAGCAGAGGAUGGGCAAGUACAUGAGCACGGAGGCGUGCGAGGAGGUGCUCGUCAUGAUGUGCCAAAUUUGUAAGAACAUUGAUGAGAGAAGGCUGAAGAUGAGAGCCAAUUGCCCAAUUGUUACCGAUCUUAGGCUGAAAGAGAACGCGACUAGAGUUUUCUUGUGUUACAAUCCAGAGUGGCUCAGGAUAGGCUUGCAUAUGGUCCUUGGGGGUGAUUGCUUGCUACAGAGUGGAUCGUGGAAACGGGAAAAGGAGGUUUCCUUUCUGAAACUUCUUCUGGAGAAGCAGUUGUUUGGUCAAAACGUGGCCCCAACAACUUUUGCUCACAAUAAGGUUGUAGAAGGGCUCCACAGAACAGAUUAUACUGAAGCAUUGGGCGACAUUAUACUGAAAAGAAUGUUUCUGCUCGUCGCUGCUCUAGAUAGGGCGAAAAUGGAAAGAGCCCUACCUCUCAAAUUUGGAAUCGAUAGCCUUGACGGUGGAUCCCCUCCAUUGUUUUGUCACCGAGCCAACAUAAAAUCUAGCCAGCAAAUUAUUCAUCAGUCUUUGGCUGAGGCCAUGCGUGGAGAAGGUGAUCUCCUGAUGCAUCUGUCAACCAUGGGCUAUAAACUGAAUUAUCAACAGCCUGCGCUGUCGGAGUAUGAUUUCACUAUAGGAAACUUAUUUGAAGAUCUCCAUGAUGGCAUAAUUCUUUGUAGAGUUGUUCAGCUCCUGCUUUCUGAUGCAUCGAUUAUUUUGAAAGUGAUUGCUCCAUCAGAUACACAUAAAAAGAAAUUGCACAAUUGCACCACGGCUAUCCAGUAUAUCAAGCAAGCUGGGGUUCCAAUAUCUGAUGCAGAUGGAGUCACAAUUUCAGCAGAAGAUAUUGCUAAUGGCGACAAGGAACUAAUUCUUUCAUUGCUAUGGAAUAUGUUCAUUCAUAUGCAGUUACCCUUGCUAGUAAAUAAAACUUCACUAGCUCGUGAACUAUCCAGGUUAAAUGCAUCGGCGGUGGAACAACCAAUCUCUGUGACCAAGUCGCACAUGGCCUUGCUUUACGAUUGGAUUCAGGCGGUGUGUGCAAAAUAUGGCUUAAGUGUGGAAAGUUCUCAGAUUGACAGGAAAGCACUGAAAUACUUCAUAAAUCACUAUCUGAACAUUAGCAUUCAUAGGUGUCCCCUAAAGGAGACAUUUUCUGAUUGUCGAAAGGAAUUGUUCAGUUGCCAUGAACAAGAGACUUCCACUGUUAUCACCAGCUGUCCAUCAAGCAAACUAGGAGAAGUUCUUGGAGACUUUCUUCAGGAUUUUCCAGCUAGUGGCAUCUUAGCCAAUGAUGUAUUAUUCGAUGAAAAGGGUGCAAUAAUUUUGAUUGCAUUCCUUUGUUCACAUCUGACUAAUGAUAAAAGAUUGGAACAACUACGGAAUUUGAUCAGUACGAGAUUGGACUGCCAAAGCCUGGAGAAUAGAGUUUCUGCUAGGCUUAAAUCUCCGGGAAAGAAUGAUGUGAAGUAUCAAUCCCCUCGGACAGAUAACACAGAUGAUUCAUGCACUAGCCAGGAGAAGGCUGCUACAAUUAUACAAGCUCAAAUCAGACGGAUAAUUGCAAAGAACAGAUAUCAUGAGCUUAGGAAGUCAAUAUCUAUCCUGCAAGGUGCUAUAAGAGCUUGGUCAUCUGUUAUCAUGAUAAGGAAAUCAUGCUGUCUAACUGCCGCCUUCUCUACCCACGUGCGAGCACAUGGCAGCUAUAACAGAUGGUUAAUUUCCAUAUUAGAAAGGCAUAGAUUUGUGCGAAUGAGAAGAUCUGCCAUUGUGAUUCAGCAAGCUGUAAGGAUUUGGAUUGGGGAAAGAAAGAGAUCUGAGAACAUCGAGCCUUUUGAAAGCCAUGGGUUCUUGGAAACUACAGCUUCGCCGAAAACUGAUUGCAUAGAAAUGUGCGAUGGUGAGCAUGAAACAACACCUUGCAAGGAUUUGGGUACAUCGAUAGCUUCUGCUGCCCCUCAAUGCCUUGAUGAGAGUAACCAUAUAGAUACAGUCACUAUUCUGCAGCUUCAUGUCAAAAACAGCAACUAUGUAACUUCUCCUAGUCCUCAUCGGAGUAUCAUUAAGAGUGGCUCUGUAAAUUCCGUCAGCCAUCACCCAUGUGAGAUUGAGACUGCCAGCAUAGCAUCAGCCACUAAACUUGCGUGCGAGGAUGAUGUGGAUAGUAGAAGCAAUAUAUCUUGUGGAGCUUCAUUCGAGCAUGAACAGCCUGUAUCUGCCCAGCUCGAUUUCUCACUUCGCAAAGACAUAGUGGCUGUUCAAAAGAUACAGUUUGCAUAUAGAAGAUUUGUACACAACAGAUCUGAAAGAAUAUCUGCUGCAACCAAAAUCCAGAGCCACUGGCGUGGUUUCACCAUGCGGAUGUGUUUCACAAAGCAAGUUGAAGCUAUCAUUGUAAUCCAAUCUGUAGCCAGACACAACUUGUGCAGCUGGGCCUUUCGGCGGUAUCACAAUGCUGCACUAGACAUUCAGCGUAUUGCCAGAGGAUGUUUCGCUAGAAAGCGACUAUUAGGUUCUUCACUGCAAACCUACACUAGCCUUGUUAGCCUUGACCAAAGUCAGCAUAAAAAAUCUCACCAGAGUACUGAACUCAAAAUUGUGUUGUACUCAGCCUUAAGGCUACAAAGAUGGUGGAGGAAGGUCCUAUUGCACCAGUCUAUCAGACUAUCAGCUAUCUCAAUUCAAUCCUCAGUUCGUGGUUGGUUGGCUCGGAAACAAGCCAAACGAAUUACCUGCUGCAUCCAUGUCAUUCAAACAUGGUGGAGAAAUGUUAUGUUUCUUGAAUCAAGGAAAAGAGCUGUGACUACUAUUCAAUCCCAUGUUCGUGGUUGGAUAGCACGACAGUUUGCUAUUAGAAAAAGGAAGUCUAUAACUAUUAUUCAGUCAUUUGUCAAAGCACACCAUGUGAGGAAAGCUUCAAAGCAAGAAAUUGUUGACAUAAGGUCUAGAAUUCAGAAGGCUUCUGCACAAGUUGAUGAUGACAUGCGCCUGAUCAAUAGACUAAUUGCUGCGCUGUCACAAAUCACUGGAUGUAGAAGCAUCAGCAGCAUUCGACAAACUUGCACGACACUAAGUAUUGCUACAGAGCUUUCUGAGAAGUGUUGUGCGACACUUGUUGAUGCCGGUGCUGUAGACAUUCUGCUGAAGCAAAUCCCUCAACUUAACCGUGGGAUCCCUGACCAGGAAGUCUUGAAGCAAGUACUCUAUACACUGCGGAACAUUGCACGAUUCCCAAAUGUUCGACCGGUGUUAGCUAACAAUCCACAAUUGGUUAACACUAUUUUCCAGGAGCUGCUGCGGAACAAAACAGACAUGUUUUUCAUCGCAUGUGAAAUUUUGAAGAAGCUGUGCGAGUCGGAAGAAGGGCGCGGAUUCGCCGGGGCCCUGGGGCACCACAUAAGAAGGCUGGCCAGUAUGGUGCAAGGCCUUGAGAAGAAGGUGGAGCUCGACAAGAGAAAUGGUCACACCGAAGCUCGUAAGGAGGACAAUUUGCGGCGGCUCGGGGAGGCGGCGGCCCUCUACCAUCUUCUCACCAAUAAAUAAUGGCAUACGAUGUGGUUUGUAGCCCUUGGUUUCUGGAACCGGAGGUGAUUGUAGUCCAAAGGUAGAUCCUGUGGACAGACGUGAUGGAACUUACUGUGUGCGCGUCAGUCGUGGUAGUAAACAGUCGGGGUUGUGGAACGGAGCAUCAGCUUGAUGUAUGUGACAAUGGUUCUAUUUUCUUGACAUUUUCUUCGUUGUGUUGCGUUUAUCCUGUUACGACCAUUGAUCCGAGGCAGAAGUGAGAAACCGACUUGCGAUUUCAAUGUAUGCUAUUCUGGCAUGAAAGCUUGACAAGAUCU